CAACACCCACCGGCCACCACCAAUCCACCACAUACCCGCUGGUGACUUUAUAAUUUUAAUACGGAUCGAGCGAGCAAGCUUGCCAUUUCUUUCUGAAACGUUUCAAGUUUUAAGACGUCUCACUUUCAACUCACGUUUCAGAGCAGGGGCAGAUGUUUUAUAUUUUGGCAAGAAAGCUGCUCUUGAUGGAUUGCAUACCAGUAGAACCUGAUAGUCCGUAUAUGCAUAUCAUGUCUAGGGGUUUUUUUUUUUUUUUUUCAUAAACUUGUAUAGGUACGUGUAUUAAAUGUGACAUGUUAAUUGUGUUUAAAUUUUAGUAUUUAUUACACUGUUUUUGUGUUUCAUUAUAAGUGUUGUGUUUUUUAAUAAUAUUUAAAAUUACAUGUGAAUAUUGGUUUGUUAAGGAAACAUGGGCAAACCAUUUAAUUUUUAAAAUUGAAAUAUGGAAGUAUAUAAAUAUUAGUAUAAUUUUUAAAAUAUUUUUCGAACUGGGAAUGGGUUGCCUUUUAGUUCAACAUUUGAGUUUUGAGGCACAUGUAUAUGCUUGUGCUAGUGUAGAACUGUAGAAGUAAUUUAGCUAGUUACUUUUCACAAAUAAUUGUACUUGUGUAAUCUGUAGGUAUCAUUUUCUUUUAUAUUUUAAUUUUUAGCAAAUUUAAAAAAAAAGAUUUAUUGGAUUAAAGAACACUAUAAUUUAUUAGAAAUAAAUUUUGAAAAGAUUUACAUAAAAAAUUAGAAUCAUACAUUUUCUUUUUGAAUAAAGAAGUCUAUGCUUGAUUUAUCAAAAAUUGAAGAAAAAGAAAAUAUUAAGAAAGAAUAAAUUAAUAUCUAAAAUGAAAAUUGUUUUUAUUAUGAAAAUAUAAUUAAAAGGAUAAAUGAAUUAUUCGAAAUGAAGUUGAAAACUUGGGGCUCUUAGUCUCCUCCACUCCAGCACUCUGAAAGAAGCCAUGGAAAUCAUCCAAUUCCAAUCACACUCCCUUCCAUUCAGUCUUCAGCCUUCUUCUCCAAAUCCUCUCUUUUAUAAAACAAAGCAAUUCUGCAGAAUCCAAGGCUCCGCAAGAUCCCCACCCAAACCUCCCAAAAAACCAACAAAAUUUCCCCGCAAAAGAAGAAGGAACCCGCCUUCAUUGCCCUUCUUUCAGAAAGCUCCAUCUUCCCCCUCUUUACCUCUCCACUCCAAGAACCCACAGGCCAUUUACAAAGACAUUCAAGCAUUCGCUAGACAAAACAAGCUCAAAGAAGCCCUCGCCAUUUUAGACUACGUUGACCAACAAGGCAUCCCUGUAAAUCCCACCACCUUCUCUUCCCUCCUUGCUUCUUGCGUUCGUUUAAAAUCCUUAACCCAUGGAAGGCAAAUCCACGCUCAUAUUCGGACCAAUGGUCUCGAAAACAACGAGUUCCUACGUGCCAAACUUGCCCAUAUGUACACUUCUUGUGGUUCCAUUGAAGAUGCCCAAAGGGUGUUCGAUGAAUGUACUAGCAACAACGCUUAUUCCUGGAAUGCUUUGCUUAGAGGUAGUGUUGUAUCGGGUAGAAAACGGUAUUUGGAUGUGCUUUCUACGUUUUCCGAAAUGAGGUCAUUGGCGGUAAAUUUGAACGAGUACACUUUCUCUACUGUUCUUAAGAGCUUCGCCGGUGCAUCAGCAUUUAGACAAGGUUUAAAGGCUCAUGCCCUUUUGAUUAAAUACGGUUUCAUUAAUAGUUCUAUGCUUAGGACUGGUUUGAUCGACUUAUAUUUUAAAUGCGGAAAGAUUAAGCUCGCUCACCGCGUGUUUGAGGAAAUCCCUGAGAGAGAUAUUAUUUUGUGGGGGGCGGUGAUUGCUGGUUUUGCACAUAAUAGGAUGCAAAGGGAAGCUUUGAAUUAUGCUAGAUGGAUGAUAAGUGAAGGUAUAUAUCCCAAUUCUGUUAUACUCACUACGAUACUUCCAGUGAUUGGGGAAGUUUGGGCUCGGAAAGUAGGCCAGGAGGUCCAUGCUUAUGUGGUUAAGACGAAGAGUUAUUCGAAGCAGUUGUCUAUUCAGUCUGGCUUAAUUGAUAUGUACAGCAAGUGUGGUGAUAUGGAAUCGGGCAGGCAAGUUUUCUAUUGUUCUGGAGAAAGGAAUGCGAUUUCUUGGACCGCUUUGAUGUCGGGAUACAUAUCGAAUGGGAGGCUUGAGCAGGCUUUGAGAUCGGUUGUAUGGAUGCAGCAGGAAGGGUUUAAGCCCGAUGUUGUCACGGUCGCCACAGUUCUUCCUGUUUGUGCCCAAUUGAGGGCUCUCAAUCAUGGGAUGGAGAUUCAUGCGUAUGCUGUAAAGAAUUGUUUCUUUCCCAAUGUAUCUAUUGUUACUUCCCUGAUGAUUAUGUACUCAAAGUGUGGUGUUUUAGAUUAUUCUUUGAAGUUGUUUAAUGGUUUAGAGGCAAGGAAUGUAAUUUCAUGGACGGCCAUGAUUGAGUCAUAUGCAGAGAGUGGAUGUUUACCUGAAGCAAUCGGUGUGUUUAGGUCAAUGCAGUUGUCGAAACACAGGCCGGACUCAGUGGUAAUGGCAAGGAUGUUGAACAUUUGCGGUGAGCUUAAAGCUAUAAAGCUUGGGAAGGAGAUUCAUGGACAAGUCUUGAAGAAAGAUUUCGAGUCGAUUCCUUCCGUUUCAGCAGAGAUGGUUAAGAUGUACGGUGCUUGUGGGUUAAUGAGCAAUGCAAAGUUAGUAUUUGAUGCAGUCCGCGUUAAGGGUUCUAUGACAUGGACUGCCAUUAUAGAGGCUCAUGGAUAUAAUGAUCUUUGUGAAGGGGCAAUCAGUCUUUUUCAUCAAAUGAUAUCUGAUGGUUUCACUCCAAACCAUUUCACUUUCAAAGUGGUAUUAUCGAUUUGCAGAAAGGCUGGAUUUGUUGAUGAGGCUUGCCAAAUAUUCAGUGUAAUGACUCGUAAAUAUAAAGUCAAGGUAUCCGAAGAGCAUUAUUGUAUCAUGAUCGAGCUUCUUAAUAUGUCGGGUCGCUUUGAGGAGGCUGAAAGAUUCAUCCAGAUGAAAUCUCUAACAUCAUAAGAUAAAAAAAACAGCCUUGUCGAGUUUAAGUUUCAAUUACACCUCACAAUUUGGAGAGUCAGAUUAAUCUUGAUCAAGUCAAUUCAGUUUUCGCAUGAUUUUAAAUUUAUUCUAGGCUCGAGUUAUUGUCUUUUAUCGUCAAAUUGAUUGGAUUGGAUGUGAGUUUUCGGAUUUUCAUAUAUAGAUGAGAAAUGACAAGUCUACUCUUUUUAAAUUUUUAAAAA